CCCUGGGCUCGCUGCGCUCUCACUGCCGCCACCAUGGCCUCCCGCAGCGCAGGCACCCUACUGACCGAGUUCAAUGCCGCCUACGUGCCUCCUGGCCUCAUGCCCGGGUACCAAGGCCAUGUUCCUGGUGUGGCCUUCUCCUUCGGCUCCCCCUAUGGCACCACCACUCUCAAGUACUUCCAGGACCAGCGCAACGCAGCCUUGGAGAAGAGCCACACUCCCUUCAGCAACGGUGGCCACUUCCCGACCAUCUUCUCCCCAAACCCCGACCUAGUGCAGAGUCACCGCUCCCACACCUGGAACCGCUGGCUGCACAUGCCCAGCUACACCCGCUUCAACCUGGACAGUACCCGCUCAGCCGAGCUCACUCGCUUCUACCAGAUGGCCCAGCGGCAUCGGGAGUACUAUCAAGACAAGACGGGCAUGGUGCCCCGGGUCCCCUACUUCGUGCUGCCUGUGAGGGAGUGGGAGCGGUACCCCAUCCCCACCGACCUGCCUCCUCUGAGCCCGAAGAAGAAGUGGUACCUUUUAAGAGCAUCCCCCGAGAACCUGAAGACCUACCAGACAUUCCCAUCGGGGAAGAGGGUCUCCCCACAGGAGCGGCAGAGGAGGGACCAUUACUUUGAGUUCAGAGCGUGACGCCUGACAGCCGUGGCCUGACCAGGUUGGCUUUUUGGAAUAAAAUCUUUAGCCAUGA